CAAGUUGCAUAUUCUGAAUGGUUCCACCAGAGGUGGCAAAAGUUCUUCUGCUUCCAGGUGAGGCUUUUUCUGGAGAAAGAGAAAGAUCUUGGACAUCACUACCCUCACCCUUCAACACUGGAGAAGGUUCUGUCCACAGUGAAGAAGGUGCUUAUCCAUGAACAGCAGAACCUGAGAAAUCUCCUUGAGUCUCUCAUCUGCACACAGGGACAAGAGGCUAUUGAGAAGUGUUGCUUGGCUGCACUCACUGAUCCUAAGCUGUAUGUCACCACCAUCCUGGAAGUCCACAAGAAAUGCAGCGAAAUGGUGAUUGCUGUAAAUGAUUCUGGGUUAAUCACCUCCCUUGACAAGGCUUGUUUCAAGUUCAUAAACAAUAAUUCUGUGACGGGGGCAACAGGGAAUUCAUCCAAGAGCCCAGAGCUCCUUGCCAGCUGCUGUAACCUUUUUCUCAAAAAGUCUAGCAAGAACCCCAAGGAAGCUGAGUUGGAAGACAAACUCAAUGAUGUGAUGGUGGUAUUCAAGUACAUAGAGGACAAGGACAUGUUUCUUAGAUUUUAUUGGAACAUGCUUGCCAAACGAAUGGUGCACUGCCUGUCUGCUUCAGAUGAUGCAGAGGCAUCCAUGAUCACCAAGUUAGAGCAAACUUGUGGCUUUGCAUACACCUUGAAGCUCCACUGCAUGCUUCAGGACAUUAGAGUGUCAAGGGACCUGAAUAACCAGUUCAGGCAACACAUUGACAACUUUGGUGAACGGCUGGAGAUCGAUUUCAGCAUCCAGGUGCUAUCUUCUGGGUCAUGGCCAUUCCAGCAGGGUACCACCUUCACCCUCCCCACUGAGUUGGAGAGGAGUGUGACAAGGUUCAACAGCUUCUACAGUGGGCAACACAGUGGCCGCAAACUUUUCUGGCUUUAUCAUAUGUCCAAAGGAGAGAUCAUGGCUUACUGCCUCCGACACCGGUAUGUAUUCCAAGCAUCCACAAUGCAGAUGGCCAUCCUCCUGCAAUACAAUUGUGCCAACACAUUGACAGUCGGUGCUCUUAGUGAGAGCACCCAGGUCCAGCUUCCAACCCUCAUCCCAGUCUUGCAGAUCCUGCUGAAGUCAAAGCUACUUGUCCUUGCUGAAGGAUCUACUGUUCCCCAACUGCAGCCAGGGACUUCCAAGCAGCUGAUCUCAUCCCUGUCUACUUUGGGUUCUAAGGAGUGGAGUACAGGGAGUGGGGACAGAGAUGAAUUUGACCUUCAGCCAUCCACUGCCCUUUCCCUUUUUCUGGGAUACAAAAACAAGAAGCUUCGUGUGCAUAUCAACGUCCCAAUAAAGAGGGAGCUGCACCAAGAGCAAGAGACCAUGCAUCACCAUGUUAAGAAUGACCGCGAGAUACGUAUUCAGGCAGCCAUUGUCCGCAUUCUCAAGACACAAAGCAUGAUGAAGCACCAACAGCUCAUCAUAGAAGUUCUUAACCAACUUUCGUCAUGGUUCAAGCCAAAUGUCAACAUCAUCCAGCAUUGCAUUGAGAUCCUAAUAGAAAAGGAGUAUGUGGCCCGCGUGGAUGGAGAGAAAGACACAUACAUCUAUGUGUCUUAAACCCUGAGCAUCAUGGAUCGAUUUUUUAACAAGCUGUGAUGGCCUCUUGUAUGAGCUUUACUUGUGAUGUGAACAGUGC